CUCACACACAGACACACACUCGCUCUGUGACUGAGCCACAGUUCCUCAGUGGCAGCACGCGCUGCUUCUCAUCUGGAUGCCUUUUCCCCUUUUUUUCUUGUUCUGGAUUUACUUUUAAACGUUCCAGGGAUGAACUGAAAAGUUCCUGGCAACGAGACCAAGAAAUUUAUACGUAGCCUACAAAACAAAUCUCAGUUACAGUAGAAGACGUCAGUAUUUUAAGGCUGUUCUACGACUUUAUUCGGAGUUUUCGGUAAUUGGGAUUUUUGGAUAUUUUUUUCCCACUGAAUACACAUCGGAUCCGGACUUUUCAUAUACAACGUUAUAUUAAGGACUUAUUUCCUUUGUAACGAAAUUUCACAUUUUCUCUUCUUUUCUUUUGGGAUGUUGAGCUCCGUGAAAAUGGAAAGUCAUGAAAUACCGGAGUGGAGCGGAUUUUACAGCGAGGCUAGUGAGAUGUAUCCCUCUGCAAGUGCCAUGAACUCUGUGAGUAGCCUAAACAGUUACAUCAACCUGAACCCAGCUGCCUCAAGUGCAAGCAUGAAUAUGGGAUACGGAAACCCGGGUCUUAACGCCAUGGGAGGAGCAACUAAUCACAUGAACCUGGGCACUUCUUUAAACACAAGCCCAUUAUCACAGUUAAGCCCUUCAUCUUCAUCUCUGGCUCCACUUUCUCACUACCAGAGCAUGAAUCAGCCAAUCUCUCAGCUCAGUUAUCCAUCUCCACCCACACUAAACCGUGCUAAGGAAAUGCCCAAACCAUAUCGUCGCUCUCUGACUCAUGCCAAGCCACCAUAUUCAUACAUCUCACUGAUCACAAUGGCAAUCCAACAGUCAAGCAAUAAGAUGCUAACUCUGAAUGAGAUCUACCAGUGGAUCAUGGAUCUUUUCCCAUACUACCGUGAAAACCAGCAGCGCUGGCAAAAUUCAAUCCGCCACUCACUGUCUUUCAAUGACUGCUUCGUUAAAGUUGCACGUUCACCCGAUAAGCCUGGAAAAGGUUCUUACUGGGCGUUGCAUCCCAACUCAGGCAACAUGUUUGAAAAUGGAUGCUACUUGAGGCGCCAGAAGCGAUUCAAAAUUGAAGACAAACCAGGAAAGAAGAGUGGAGGAAAGUCUCAGGAUAGUGCGAACUCUAAACAUGGGAACAGUGAAGGUGUGCAGGAGGAGCGAAGCCCGGCUACAGGUUCAUCUGAUGGUGCAGAUUCAGCCCAUUCUGAUGUUUCCCAUCCUGGCUCAGCAUCUGAAGAGCAGCAAAUGAGUCUAGCACCACUUGAGGGACCAUCCCAAAAUGCUAUUCCAUCCUCAAUGUCCUCGUCCGUAUCUCACCUACACUCAGAGGGCAUGAACACCAGCCCUCAUCUGCUCUCCAAUCCCAUCCAGCAUCAUCAUAUCGAUUUGCAAAAUGAUCCCCUCAAGUCCAUGGACCCACAGUACAACUUUAACCACCCAUUUUCUAUCACCAACCUCAUGUCUAAUGAGCAGAAAAUGGAGCUCAAGUCAUAUCAAGAUCAUGUCAUGACCUACAAUGGCUAUGCUGCUUCCUCUCCUGUAGCUGCCAAACAGAUUUAUGACAGUGCUGGUCCCUCGAGCAUCGACUCAGGUGCCUAUUACCAGACCCUCUACAGCAGGUCUGUGCUUAAUGCAUCCUAGAGAGGUGUCUUCUCUUUUUUUUUGGACGAAUCAAGUUGUAAUAAAAUCUACGAUUGGUAGCAGGCCUCUAACACAACAGAAACAGGACUUUAAUUUCUCUUUUGCAGUUCAUACGAAUGUCAGUGCUCGCCCCACCCCUUACCCUAAACUGAACAUUUUAUACCAGUUGGAGUCUUUCACAUAACUUGUAAAAGAAGAGUUUAUAAAUGUUUCGAAACCCUUAGUCAAAGAUAGUUAAUUAGCCAAGACAUGUUUGGAGUCUGAUGUAUUUAUAUUUACAUUGGAGCUUACAGGUCUAACAAAGCUAACCCUUAUAGGCUCCAGUUUAGCAGCAUAUGAAGUGCAUGUUGUGUCUUUUUCUGCCUCAGCACAUAGUUUGAGAUCACUCCACAUGUGCAUCAAACUUUGGUGAAAGGUAUUGCGUUAAGUUUGAAAGUGGAAUUAUAUGUUUGCUUCACUGUAUAGUUCUAUAGUUCAAAUUAUUUGUAUAUUUGGUUUUAAUACAGUAUAACUUUGUCUCUUUUAAAAAUGUUUACGUACAAAUUAUGUUACUGAGCCAAACAAGGUCUAUUAAGGUAAAUGCUAAACUGGCUCCUCUGUUAGUAGCUUUAAAAAAGGUCUUGGCUGAUCAACUAUAUUUGUGGUAAGGGGAUAACUUUAUAUGACUAUGUUGACCCAUUUGAACAUUUAACAACCUUAUUGAAUUCGGGUGAACAUCCAGAAACUAAUACUAUAGCACACCUCUCCACACAGAGGCUAGUCUGGUGAACUUAAACACAAAUUGAUUUUGUUGAACCUUUGGCCUUUUUAACGUCAGAGCUUUUGCUCAACAGGAGGAUGAGAUACAAACGCAAAAUGUGUAUAUACACUGUCUGUGGCGAAAGGGGAAAAGCCAUUUAUUUAUGAAGGGAAGAAAUUAAUAUAUCUUAUUUUUCUUUUGUGUUUUGGGAUUAUUAUGGGUUUUAUAUUGUGUGUGUGUGUUUGUGCGUGUGUGCGUGCGUGCGUGUGUGUGUGUGUGUUUAUUGAAGUAUAUGUUGCUAAAGUACAGUCUUAUGUUACAGCAUAGCGUGGCAUUCCUCUUAGCAUAAAGUGCGCAAAUGUAUAACAUUGCAUUGCUACAUGUGUAAUGACUUUGUUUUUUUUUCUAUUAUGCCAAAGAUUUGUAGGUCUAUGCUUUUAAACAAACUGUGGUAAACGUUUUUGGCUUAAAGCCCUUUUCUGAGUAAUUAAACUUAGUUUUAAUAAUAAGAAAAUGAUUGUUCUGUUAUCAUUUAUGUGCCACAGCCAAAAUGUAAUGGUUACAAAAAGCGUAGCAUGUGUUGAUAAUACAUUUCAAUUUCACAGUAAUCAUCUGUCCAUUUAUCCAAAUUUGUAAAAUUAUCAUAAUAAUUGGCUCUAUUUAUUAAGCCGAAUAUGACCUAAUUUAUUGGUGGAUUUUUUUAUGGAAGCAUGAACUGUACACAGCAAAUGUGAUAUUUAUAAAAAUCCAGGUUGUUGCUAUACUUUGUGAGCUCCAGCAGUUUUGUCAAUUUAUGCAUAAUUGGUGCUAACAUGAACAUUGAUUAUAUCAUAUGACUGGCAUUUAACACAAAAUAAAUACUAUCGUUUAAAAGGAACCAGCAAUGCGCUGCAAUAGCUGAGCUGCAUCAUGGAAGAAUUUACCAUGCUAUAUAAAGCCAUUUAACCUGUGCCAAAAAUAUACUUGGUACUUUACAGAUUUACGGCAUUUAUCAAGCCAUGCAUAAAAGUGAAAAUCAGAAAUAAUAAAUUAAACAUUUUUUGAUUUGUUUGGCCUAUACAAACAUUAAACAUUUAAAAAUUUACAUUUAAAAAACAUUUAAAGAUUUGGUGGAUUAUGCACUUCAUUUCAUAUUCAGCUUAAAACUGUGCAUAUAAUACUAAUUGACUCGUUAGCUGCUUGGAUCAAACUCUGUUGAGUGUUCAACUUAAAAGCUUAUGUAACAAUGUAACGAACAUCACUGACUAACUUAUGCCUGCAAACAAAUAAUACAUACAGCAUGUCAGAUAUUGUUACGUUUGGUAGCUAAAUUAACCUAUGGUGAGUUAUGUUUUGUAAUUUUUCAUUACAAAUAUAGCUGCUAAUCCCAAUUAAAAUGUAAACAUGUUAUCUGAGAUAGAAAGCUAUCUUCCAACUGUAAACAUAUGUCUCAGUUAGGGGUAGUUUUAUAGCUAACAAGGAAAAUUUAAGCCAAAUAGCUAAAUAUAAUCAUAUGAAUGUUUUUUCUUUUGUCAAUAUAUGAAAACAAGUAUUUUAAAGUGUCAUUGCAUUCCAGGUCAUGGCUGUUGAAUAUUAUAUUGUAUAACUAAUUAUCAGCACAUGCUUGCAAGAGCGGUGAAGAUCAUUUACACACAGUACUUUGCACUAGUGACCCCCUUAUUAAGGGAGGGGGCACAGUCAAUUCGUUACAACACAGCCUUGUAACUACUUUCUUUUAAACAAAAAAGGUUAAUUCAAUUGAUGACAUCAUGCUAACGUGUCAGUUGUUAAUCAUCCCAGACUUUUAACAGGUUUUUCUUUUUUGUUGUGUCAGAAUAAUCUGAGUGCGGAAACCCAUUUCAGGUCAGAAAUGUGUUAUUGUUGUGUUAAUGUUUAUUUAAACUUUUUGCCUACUGUCUUUAAAGAGAAAUGCAUUAAUAUAUGCGUGUAUAUAUUAUAUAUAUUGGUACAAAAGGUUGUUAUAUGGUGUUUUUGUCAUGUUCUUUUCUUAUUAAAAGACAAAAUUUGGGGAAAUA